UACAGUUGAUUUUCCGCAUUGCAUUGAAAUGCAUGCGUUGCUUGUCAAGGUAAGAACCGAAGUUAAUGCAUUUCUUUUUCAUGUGAAAUCUAAGCAUACUGUGUCUUCUUAUUGUGUGCAAGUAUCUUAUCAGGUCCCCCGAGGCUAAACGCUAAACUUCAAAAUUUUUCGACACAUAUAUGUACUUGCGUCGCAUACUUGAACAACGUUGACAAGUUGUGGGGUAUGAAGCAACGAUCUAGUAGUCAAAGAAGGGGAAUUUUGUGACUCCUUGAUUCGAUUUGGUUUCUCGUGCAAAAGUUGACAAACGUCGGUAAGAGAUGGGGUGGCCGGGAGGCGAGGGCAUGAUCUAAGGCGCACGAGUGUAUGAAGGACGUUCUAUUCUCUAACGCUACGCUCAGCCGAAUAGAAAAUAUUUCUGUUAUAAGUAUAAAGAGACAAAACAACAGACUGAGAAAUGGAGGGAGCCGCCAGCAAUCGAGUUAAUAACACCAGUGAUAGUUACAGCAAAAACAAGGAAUAUAUGCAUGCUUAAAUACAGAUACAGAGGACUAAGAAAGGCUAGAUUGAGGAAACAUCAUAAGUGCUAAAAAGAUAUGCUGAACAAAGAAUUAACAAACUAAAACAGAGUCAGAUCAUUUUAACAAAGCAAUGCGAAAAUACAAGAACAAAUUAAACGUAGGUAAAACCUAAAAAACUCAUACAUAAGAAAACGAAAAAAGCAGUCACCAGUAAGCUGGUGGGCGUCAAGUGGUGUGAAAUUCACAAGGAGUGGUUUAUAAAGGAUCUAAUUAAUGGUCCCAAUGGGAACUGAACUAAACAAUGUAAUCAACAACUAAAAGAAAUACAUUGUGUGGGAGGAAGGAACAGCCUACCCACGUUUGAUAUAUUAAAAUUCUAAUGUGACUCUAUCUAAGGCUUUCUGGCUCGUUUUCUGUAUUUGGUUUGGUUUUCUUUGUGCUCAAGUCUCUUCUGCGAAUUGCAAUACAACAGAGUGGUGAAAAAUUUGCAAUUUUGACACCAAAGCCUUGAAGUCUUUAGCCUGUACCACAGAUGAAAAGUCCGUCUGCGAAACAGCGCUGAAAUCAUUGUCCUAGGCCUCCACCUCUGUACCAGGAUUCGAGUAUGAGCUAUGAUUGGUCUGUUAUAAAUGCCAUCGUCGAUUUGCCAAUCAAGAUGAAAGGAAAUUCUAAAUGCUCUUCCGGUAAUUUGUUGAGUCUGUUGGGGGCCAGAAUGAACACGUAGGCGCUGCUUUGCGGACAUUACUAACAGCGGUUAAAUUAGGUCUGCGACACAGGUUGGUUUAAGUCAUGUUAGAAUUUUGGUAUAUCGAACAUGGACUAUUUGCAAAUCUGAGGUCAAAUCUGUCACAUAACAUCCAAUCAAAAUUUUUAAGUUGCUUUAGGGAAAAUUACACACGUAAAUUAAUGUAUGACUCAUUGAUUUAGACUUGAUGAAACAUGAGCUGCACGUUUAUCAACUUAAUUCUUAUGUUUGGAGUAUUUGAUCUAAAAAAUAUAAGGUAAAAUUCCCUAUGUCAUUCAUCUAUGUCAUUCAUCUAUGUGUCAUUCAUCUAUGUGUAAAGCCCAAAGCCUGCCAAAACACUAGGGUUUCCCUGUAGUACUUUCUGUAAAAUUCAUUCUGACUCCUGAUCUGCAUUCUUAAACGUCGUUUAUAAAAAUUAAAUUCACAAGCAUAUUUGUGGAUGGUUAAUGCUCCUACUGAAGGCAGAUUUUACACUUGUAGCUAGUAUUUAACUAUGUUUCUUGUAGUCAUGCAACUGUCUUACUUAUUGUAGUUGCUUUGGAAAUUUUUUUUUUUGCUUAAUUUUUUAAAAUUUAAUUUAAUUUGCCAGUUUGUGUGAAGCCAUUUCAACUUACUGUCAUGCAAGCAGCAAAGAGGUGGAAAGAUGUAACUGAAGACUCAGAUGAAGAAGGUAAUUUCCAUGGUUAGAAAAUGAGCCCUCCUAUACAUGAAGCUAAAGAUGAAAAUGUGAUCACUUACAGUACAAUGUAAGGCUAUUGCAACCUUGGUCAUAAUUGCCCGGAUGUUGGACUCUAAUAAUAAUAAUAGUAAAGUCUUUAUUCAUCAAGAGAUAAAAAUACAUAUCUUUUGAAAACGUUUUCUAGUGAAAACAUUUGCCAUUUUGGCUGAACUGAGUUGGGAAGAACCCACUCAUUUUUAAGCAAGUGAAUGAUUAGUCCUUUUUUAAAAAAAAACUUUUGCAUGUGGACCAACCUUAAGAAAACCUUUGUUAGAGCUACAUUGUAUUAACAUGGAGGCAGAAAGAUUUUAGAACUACGCAGCGCAGAUCUUAGAAGGGGGAACAACUUAUCAUUUGGUUAAUACAUGUAUGCAAGGUUGUGGUCAGGUUAACUGUUAACUGCCUUUCAACAGAGGCUUUUUUGGCUAAAUCUGGCAGUUUGUUUUUACUCAUUUUACUGUGAGACUGGAAAACAUGAAGCCCAUCUUCCUUUAAUGUGUAGUUAUCUUUCACUACAUUCAAAAGCAUUGAUGCGGUUGUAUUAGUACUUGCUGCUUUCCUCGGUACACGUAUCUCUAAAGUGGGCCACAUUUAGUUUUGAAAAAAAAACCUGUCCCAAAUACAUGUAUUACAUCCUCAAUCAGAAACUACCAAAAUAAUCCUUUAAUGAUGACAGACAAAAAACUGUCCACCUUCAGUAGACCAGCACUUUCAGUUAGCACAGAAAUAUUCAAAAAUUCAAAUGCUCAUGCCACAAAUUCCACCUCUGAUGAUUCAAGGCAUCAGUUUUGUGCAUUUGUAUAAUGAAGGCCAAGUUUUAGCUGAAACUUUAGGAUUUUAACAUUUAAAUUUUAUGUACUGUUUAAAAGCGAGCAGGAGUGUAUUAUCAGGUUUAAAAACUAAAGGCGAAGCUGAUAGUUUUUAAACCUGAUAAUACAUGACUGCGUGCUUUUUGAACAGCUUCGAAAUCUCUGAUAUGGAUCAACUCAUUCUUCCACUAAUAUCUAGAUUUGGGGUUAUUUUGGUCUUAAAAAAAUAGGAUGCAAACUCUAGCCGUGUCUUUAUCAGAUAUAAAGACACUCAUUAAACUUAAAUUUCUUUUUUUUUUUCAUGAAUUAUUAACCAGUUUUUGAAAUAUAUUUAUCAGUCAGUAAGUGUAUCCAUGGACACAGCAAAAGAAGAAAUUCAAUAAUUAGUAACCAGCGAUUCUGUUACCUCUGCGUCCUGCAUCCCUGACACAUAAAAAUCCUCAAAGACGUCAAAUGAUUCAUGGCAUGCGUCCUAUAGGACGCAAAGAAUGAUCUAUCAAUUUGAAGAUUUUCACUCAGCCAUGCGCAAAACCCCUACUCAAAUUUUCCAAAAUACCCUUGGCGUUUUUAGUUUGCACAAGCAAACCUCUAUCCAAUUUUCACAGUGUCUAGUGUGUCCAUAAUCGAUUUGUGACAAUGCAUCUGUAGGCAGUUGUUCAACCCUGCAUCAUAGUGCUUCUUAGGUAGUUCUUGAGUCAUCUGAGGGCAGGAAGAGUGUGCUCUAAAGUCGCCAAUGUCACAGGAAAUGUCAAAUACAUCCUUAAAAGUGUUUUUUGGCACCAAAAUGUAAGUCCCCCUGCCCCAUCUGCUCCACUGCCUAUGAGUUUUAAAUUGGGCAGAUGUUGCCAAAAUGUCUAUUCUAGCCUUAAAGUGAUUUAUCCAAACAACAUGCCACGCUAAAAAGGCAGGUAAAAGAUAAAUUUUUUUUUAUCUCGCCGUAGACAUACUUAGUCACAUGCUAGGCAACAAAAAAGUUCAUGUGUAUCAUGUCCCAUCGCAGAAAAGGGCAGCCGAAUUUUACGAGGGAUUACCUCAAACUUUAAAGAACACGCUAAAUUUCGUACUAGAAAAAAAGACGUUUCUCUAAAGUUUUCAAGGAUCAUGAACACAAUUUCAGAGCAAAAGGUUAGUCAUGUUACGGACGUGUAUGUUACAGCUUAUUUUUAUCAAGCCAGGCCGGAUAAGCCCAAAAUCUUUUGACGUUACGAAAUAACAAUGCCGUUGAUUGUUCACGAGUAUACACUGUUUGUUUGCAUUUGGAGCAGUCAUUUGAAACUUUACUUAAGGAAAUGAAGCUUGAUACAGAUAUCCCUGAAGAAACAUUCCCUUCAUAUAAGUUGAAUUUCUAUUUCUAUUUCUAUUUCUAUACCUAUACUUGGCAAAGGAUUCCUGUCACCAAGGUAAAUAAUAAAAAAAAAAAAUGGUAAGAAAAUAAAAAUGAAGAAAAAAUAAAGAAAUAAAAGAAAUAAAUAAAUAGAAUUAUGUAAUUAAAUAAUUAAAAUCUGUUCCCGAACAGUGCGUUUAAAAAUGUCCAAAGUCUCUAUCUUCCUAAUAUUUAAUGCUAGAGCAUUCCAGUCUUUUAUGGUUCUCAGGAAGAAACUGUUCACGUAGAUGUUACCCUUGGAGCUUGGAUUUAUAAAAGAUUAUUGAGACCUAGUGUUAUAAGUAUGGGUUGGUACAUUUAAGUGUGAAUUGGUCUUGUUUCGAGCAUACAGUCGCUUACGUGAAUAUAACCAGUUUGUGUUGUGUCACAGCUGUAUGCCUUUGUAAAAUUAUCAAGAAAUCAGUCUUGGGUGAAUCUUUUGUUUUCUGUCCUGCGAGACUUGAUCCUCGACUCGAUGCUCAGUAGCUUGUUCUGGAUUCUCAAUUCUCAAUUUGCACAGAAAUUGAGAAUCGUGAAUCGAGUCAAGAAUCGAGACUUACAAUGGACUAUCAACUUACUUUUGAACGGUACUGUAUGAGUAAUUCUCUAUGUUUACUUUUUAUUAAAGGUGUAUGACAACUUUGAUGUUUGGCUAUGGCAUCUUCUUUAUGGGAACCCCAGUCACGGGAUUGCAGAGCAGAUGAUUCCCACAAAGUGCAAGUCACUAUUUUGGCUUCUGAAUGGGGAUCAAGCAAAGGGGGACUUUCCACCAUAAACAGAGAGUUAGCCAUUCAGUUGGCCAAAUUCCCUGAAGUGGAAAUCACUUUCUUUUUACCUCAAUGCAGUCAAGAGGACAAGAAGGUAGCCAUGAAGCAUAACGUUAAGAUUGUUGAGGCAACACCACUGCCUGGCUUUGAUCAACUUAACUGGCUUUGCUUUCCACCUGAAGAUUUGCAAAUGGACAUUAUCAUAGGUCAUGGAGUUAAACUCGGUAAACAGGCUCAAAUCAUUAAAAGAUCUAAAAGGUGCAAAUGGGUUCAAGUGGUGCACACAGACCCAGAGGAACUUGGAAUGUUCAAGAACUAUUCAGAUCCAAUUUCAAAAGGCGAGGAAAAGCACAAGACAGAAGUAAAACUGUGUGAAAUGGCGGAUCAUGUUGUUGGAGUUGGUCCCAAGUUGAGCGAGGCCUUUCGCUCCUAUCUUCGCAGCUGCCAAAAAGAUGACAAUGUUGUUGACUUCACUCCGGGAGUAUUAAGUAGAGUUUGCAUCUGUGAAGCAGGCUUCUAG